AUGCUCACACUAGUACCGGAAUCUGGUCAUUUCACAAUGUCUAGUCUAGCUGCUCUCCAUGCAUCGCCAUUUGCACAAGGCUUCAGCAACAAUGAACGUCAAGCGGCUGGAAGGGCAUUGUUUAGGCAUGACACGCACAUUGAUGGUGCUCAUUAUCACGCUAGGAAACUUGGUGGUCUUCACCCGGCAUAUGCUGCAUUCAAUCAGACCAAUGGUAAAGAGAGGACUCUCACUCACGUUGAACUAGUUGAGGCCGCACUCUGGGAUCUUUUUGAUGCAGUAACCAUGCAAGACCGUAUCGAUGGCGGAAUCUCUCUCCUCAUUCGAUGCCCAGGCUCUGAAGUGUCUUCAACAACCUUGCCUGAGGAACUUGCUCUCGACCUCUACAUCACACCCCGUGAACUUCAAGAAACACCACAGCGCAUCGGUGGAGACGUCACUACCUUAGUACAGGCUUUUGCUGCAGAAUUUGCGCUACCUCAUCUUCAACGCUUUUCCAAGCGUUGUGCUGUCGAAGGCAUCAAACCACCUAAGCGCUGUAAGUCAAUUGAUUUUCGUAUACUAAUCUCACUGCUAACAUAA